AUGCACCACCUCGCGCGGGGCACGGUCGGAGCGGCCGAGGGCGCUGGGCCGUCGGCCGCGUGGGGGCGGGCAACGCCGCCCCAGAGGGCUACUUCGAGGAGGUUACUGGAGGCGUGGCUAGCUUGGGGCAGCCAGGUGGCCGCGAUCAAGGAAGACGAGGACGCCGCCCUUCGGCGCGUCAUGGCCGGUCGGGCCUCGCCAUACUCAGGCGAUGGGGCUACGGUUGCCCUGGGAAAGGAUUCAAAGGGAAGGGAGAUGCUACCAAAGGGCGCGAUGUGCUCCGUCGACGUGGAGGAACUGGCUCUUCCGCCGCCAGGGACCAUCCCUGCCAAGCUCGUGGACAUCUGCCCGCUGGCCGCCGAGUACUUCUCCGACGUUGCGGGGAGGAUGCUACGCGAGCCCAGCAAGGCCAUGGGCGAGGAGCUGAAGGGCCAGAAGGUCUACCGAGAUCCGUCUCUCCGCUCGAGGGCGUCGCGUCUCCGCCUAGCCGAGAGGCUUUGGGAUACGGGGGUGCUCGGGGCCACCGACGAGAUGGUCGAGGGGGUCUCGCUCUUCGGAGUCAUCAAGAAGCGCCAGGCGCGCGCCAUCUGGGACCAGAGGCGGGCCAACCUCCGCUGGCAGAGGCCCCCGCACGUGCCCCUCGGCAGCCCCGCGACCUUCGCCCACGUGGACCUCUCCAACCUGGGCGAGAAGGACGUGGUCUACACUGGCGUGGGCGACAUCCCGGACAUGUUCAAUCGUUUGGAGACGCCGCCCGAUGUCUGGCCCUACUUUGUCUUGGAGGAGGUGCCAGUCCACGAGUUCGUCGAGUGCAUGAGGACCAAAGGGCGGGACUGCGUCAUCCCCGAUGGCGGGCCCUUCCUGGCGUUGAAGGCCCUAGUCAUGGGCUGGUCGUGGGCCCCGUUCUUGGCCCACUCUACGCUCCAGGCCUGCAUGGCGCGCGGGCUCGGGGAGGGCUCCGUCGGCGCGCGUCUGGUCUACGGGGCUCCGACGCCUCAACUGACCGGGCCCGAGGGGUUCGAGUCGGUGAAUUGGGCAUACAUGGACGACUACGGGGCCAUGGCCACGUCCGCCAGCGCGCAGCAGCCGGUGAGCGAGGUCGUGAGCGGACUGACGGCCCGAGUCAAGCACUACUUGAGGCAGGUCGGGCUCCCCGUCCACAAGGAGACCGAGGGCGAGGGGCUCGAGUCGCUGGGGGCGGUCAUCCGAGGCCGACCCUACUCCGUCUCGGCAGAGACCGACCGCGCAUGCGGCCUGGCUCUGGUGACGCUGCGGCUGGUAGAGCGGACGUACUGGACCGCGGAGUUCCUCGAGCGUGUCGUGGGGUUGUGGGCGUGGGCGGCCAUCUUCCAGCGUACGGGCCUUGCCAUCUUCGACCAGGUGUACCACGAGAUGAGACGUCCCGAGACCGCCAAGACGCCCUUCCGACUGACGGACGCGGCGAGGUGGGAGCUGACUACGAUGGCGUACUGCGCACCCCUCUUACGUACAGAUCUCGAAGCUCCGUGGCUCACGCAGGUGUUCAUGACGGACUCCAGCGACACGGGCUACGGAGUGGCGGUCACCGACGCAUCGCUGGAGGAGAUCAGGAAGGACGCCCGUUACAGCGAGAUGAGGGGAUGGACGAUCGCCACCGAGGAUAUCUACACAGCCCAGGAGGAGGACGCCUGGGUCCCCCACGCUGGGGGGUGUGCCUACGACGUCGACGAGCUUAUCGAGGCCUCGACUGCACCGCCGCCGCGGGUAAGUCGGAGGGUCUACCGGGUGCUGUACCUCUUCGCGGGCAGGCGCCGGGAGGGGGACCUGGAGGAGGCCAUCCAUUCGCGGGCGGAGCUCGACGGCUACGAGGUCGAGGUCCGGUCCAUCGACGCGGCGAUCAACCCGAAGCACGACCUUACCAACGACGACUUCGUCAGCCUGAUCCUGAGCCUGGCGCGCGACGGGUACUUCCACGCAGUGAUCGCCUCGCCUCCACGCUCAACUUGGAGUCGGGCUCGCUUCCUGGGGAAUGGGCCCAGGCCCUUACGGACGCGCCUCGAGCCUUGGGGGCGGAGCGACAUGUCAUUCACAGCAUUCGAGCGCCUCCGCCUGGACCUAGGGUCGCGCCUUUUGCUGACGGCCAUGCAGGCGGUCCGCGAGGUAUGUCGAGCUGGAGGCCUGGGCUUGAUGGAGCACCCUGCGGACCCAGAGGAGGACCCAUACCCGUCAAUCUGGAACCUACCCGAGAUGGCAGGCCUCCUCGAGGAGACGGGCGGGAGGAUCAAUCGGAUCGACCAGUGCCGCUACGGAGCCCCAUCGAUGAAACCGACCAUGAUUGGCAUCUUCGGGUUCUACGACGACGCACUGGACCUCGCCGCGGACCGUCUCCGCUUGAGUUGCAACCACCGAGGGAGGCAUCAGACAGUACUCAAGGGACGGGCGGAGCGAGGCCGUCCCGAUUUCUGCACCGCCUUCGCCCAGGCGUACCAGCCGCCGCUGUGCGCCGCGCUGGCGGAGGUGAUCAUCGAGGCUUUCGCUCGCAUGACGAAGGAGAUGAGUGGCCCCGAUCCAACGGGCUCGCGCGUGUCUCCAUCCACUUCGUCCUUCGGCCCGCCGAGGUCACGAUCUACGCGACCUGGGCCGCGCCUGUACGGGAUACGCUGGCGGGUAGCCGCCAUGGCAUUGGAGGCAGUCCACCCUGUUGGAGCGGUUCGCCCGAAGCCACCCAGGGCGGGAGAGAUCCCCCUGCAGAAGCGAGGGCCACGGGCGUGGGGGAACUACGAGAAGGAGCCGCACCUGGGCAUCAGCGAGGGCGGCUUCACAAGGCUGCUCACCCACUCCGUGGCGGACGUCACCGCGGCGCAGUGGGCCCCGAAGGUUCGAGAUUUUCUCAGCCACUGUGUCGACAAGGGUUGGGAGCUGCGGUCCGCGAACGCCGUGGACCACGCCCUGGCCGACUACAUGGACAUGAAGUGCUACAAGGACCGGCUCCGUCCUACGUGGGGGUCGAUCGUCUUGUUCGGGCUGCUGGUGAUUUGGCCUGAGCUGAGGAACCAGCUUCCCCUGGCCUUGCGAAGCCUGAAGAGCUGGCAGAGGCUGGUUAUCUCUGUGGAGGGGGGUCCUCUGCCGGAGGAAGCUGUCUUCGCCAUCGCCAUCUACUUCUUCGAGGCGGGGCUCCUGGAUGAAGCCAUCUGGACCCUGGUGCAGUGCGACGUCUACGGGCGGGGGCAGGACAUGGAGAUGCUACGAGAGGCCGACAUCAUCUGGGAUGGCCGAUGCGCGGGCCUCCUGUUUGGCAUCUCGGCCCGAGGCGAGGAGGGCAAGACGGGCAGCAACCGAGGGGUCGUCAUCCGCCGCGGCACGGUCGCGAGCCUCAUCCUGGCCCUGAAGGACGUCAAGAAGAAUGUUACGGGGCCCAUCUUCGGCCCCAAGCAGGCAGGCUUCCGCAAAGAGUGGCACCGCGCAUGUCGCUCGCUUGGGAUGCCAUGGGCGCCGCCUCCGCACGGGCUCCGCCACUCGGGGCCCAGCGAGGACGUGGCCCGAGGACGGGCCAGCCUGGAGCAGGUGCGGAGGCGGGGCAGGUGGAAGGCAUUGUCCAGCGUCCAACGCUACUCUAAGACGUUCGCCCUCACGCAGUUCCGUGCAAAAAUGCCGAAGAAGGUGCUGGACGUGGGAUCCCGUGCGACCUCCGACCUGGCCGCCGAGAUACUCCGUGCGAUGGAGUCCCGCACCAACUACAGCAAGCAACAGCAGCAGCUGGUCGACGGCAUCAGGACGAAUCUGAAGACGAAGAAGGUGAAAGAUGUCGCCGCAGAGCUCCUGAUGCUGGGACUCACCACCAACAAGAGGUCCACCACCAACAAGAGGUCCACCACCAACAAGAGGUCCACCAAGGGUGACACAAGCUGCCCAGAGUCCGACGACCUCUACUCCGACGAGACGUGGGGAGAGGGCACUGGAUGGUGGACAGAGUGA